AUGUUCGAACAGUUCAAGCGCAUUUCGUCUUCAUUAAGCUUCAAAGAUUUCGUCGUCACAAAUGGGCUUAACGAAGGAGAAUUAAAAAAUAUUAGCAGACAAGGGAUACAGGCGGUUAAGACGGAAUGGGAAAAUAUCCGCAACAAAUCAGCAGAGAUAUUGAUUCCAGCAAACUUAACGCCAAGGUUAGGUGCAUUGUCACCUAUAAUCUCGGGUUCAUCUAUUCGUUCUAGUACAAAAUCUCCCACGAUACAAAGUUUAGAUUUGGCAGCCACAUCGGAGCUUGCGAAAAAAUAUGAAGAAGAUUGGAAUUCGAUCCGGGCAGAAGAUGAGCGAAACUUUAAGAAUGCAUUAGCAGAUCGAUUGAUUACUCAAGCCCUUAAAACAUGUGAAGACCAUUUUCAGGCAUGCGAACUUUUAAAGUCAGAAGCGAGUCAACUGCAUAAAUUCAAAGAAGAAGUUGAUGAUUUGACUAUCUUUGCAGUGCAAUUAAAAGGUAAACUGACCGAAUUAGAUCAGAUGAUUAUUGACUUGGCAAAAGGAAAUGAAGUGCAAGAUUUCGAGGAAUGGAAACAAUCGGAACAUAUAUUGCUAAAUCAGUAUAUGGAUAAUCGAAACGCAGAAUUUGAAAAAAAGAAAGAAUUCUAUAAACAGCAGUACAUGGAGUUCCUAAAAAAUUUCCAGUUACAGAAAGCUCAAGCAUACCAAGCAGAUUUUGAAGCACAAAUGGAAAUUUAUCGAAGACAAAUGGAAAAUCAACAAUUAACGGCAACCUUCCCAGAAUAUCGGCAAUCGGACGAUGAAAUAUUAUCUACUCUAGAAAAUCUUGAGCUAGAUACUUCAGAUGACCGGGAUGCUUUAGAAGAAUUUCUGGGGAGUUUGAGCGAUACCGAAAAUGAGAAAGCUGAAUCUUCGACGGUACUCGGUGAAAAGAAUACGAACAUUCAUAAUGAUACUGAAAAAAUUUUCAUUUCACAAGAACAACACCAAGAUUUAUUAUAUGAGAAUUUUGACUCUAAUGGAUUGAUUGGACAAAAGAAAAAACUCAAGGAGCCAACAUAA